UGUACUACUAUUUUGUAAACAAAAUCAGCAGAGGUACAACAACCAUCAAGAGUUGCAGCCAACUAUUGUACAACGUGGUAGAAACAAGCCCUUCAAAGGCACCCAAAACAGCAAAACAUUCAGCAAUGCUGUUUGCUUACACAGUAUAAUUACGUCUUCUCUUCAAUGUAAGCAUGUAACAGCAUCACAGCUAAAAACAUUAACGAGAAAAAACAUUAUAAAGCUAGGGUGCUAUAAGAGACUUAAAAAUGUCUACUUAGGUUAAGCUUGGUGCAGAGCAGUGUAGCUUAAGAGCACUUUUAAAUUUGAAAAUAAAAGUGCAGUUACAUAACACAUGGCCUCACUAGGAAUGUUUUGACAAAAACAAACAUAUAUUUCCUUGUACAAUUUUUCCCAGGUAACACCACAGAACUCCUUUUUAAAUCGAAAUACCUUGCCCAGAUGGUAAAAAUCUUUAUUACUAGCUACCGUUAAAGCUGGACGAGGAUCCCCUCUUUAAAGGGAGAGGGGAAUCCGAGACUUCCGAGUUCAUUAGAGCACCACUGCCAAGCCAGCCCGGCCCCAAGCAGGCGGACAGCCCUCAGCCGCGCCGGAACUCCCACCAGCCCUCCCGCACCGACCUGGCAGCCCCUCCUCCGGGCCCCAUCCCCCGAGGCACCGACGACUACUUCACACGCACAGGGCACGCUUAACCAAAGCGACUUGAAAGGAAGGCCGCGAGGGAAGGGCCGUGAGCCUGGGCCAUGCCCUGCCAGGGCUCCGGCCCGGGCAGGCGCUGCCGUCGGCCUCUCCAAGCCGCUGCGGAGAGGCGGGGAGGAGGCGGCCGUUGCCAGCGCGCGCAGCAGCAGCGGCGGCGGCUCUUCAGGCGGCGCAGGACGGCAGCAGCAGCCGCCGCUAGCACCCCCCGCUCCUCCCCCACCCCGGCUGUGUAACCCCGGCAGGUAGCUCGGUGCUUGGGCUACUUCCCUUUCACAAUAAACUUCACGGCGGCCUCGGAGCCCGCUCGCACGGGGCUCCCGCUCCAGCGCUGGAGCUGCCGGGGCGCGGGCGGGCUCACCUCUGCCCCUUGCAGCCCUACAAGCCGCGCAGCAGCCGCAGGGAAGAGGGCUCGCCACGGGCACGCUCCUCAGGGCUGAAGCGGAGCAGGAAGCAAAGAGAAGAUAAGCUAUGUCUGUUCCAGCUGAUGAAACUGUGGGGGACCUGCCUGUGAGAGACGUAGGUCUAACUCUAGCUGGAAUUGGAGGAUUACAAGAAUCAUCAACUACACAGAAUGUAAAAUCUCGACAAGCUGUAUCGCGAAUCAGUCGAGAGGAACUAGAAGACAGAUUUCUUCGUUUACAUGAUGAGAACAUCUUACUCAAACAGCAUGCAAAUAAGCAAGAGGAGAAAAUUAAAAGAAUGGCCACUAAAUUAAUACGGCUUGUUAAUGAUAAAAAAAGGUCUGAACAGGUUGGUGGCGGCCCCAAGCGGCUGGGUCAGGCUGUGGAGCUGGAAGAAAUGAUUGAGCAUUUGCAAGAGAGAAUUCGUGAGCUUGAGAAACAAAAUGAGAGCCUCCGCAGCAAACUCAUUUCAACUAAACAGCAGCUCCAGAUUCAAGGCCAUAGGCCUUGUUCGUACAGCUAUGUUCAAUCUCGUAUUAACACUGGUCUCAAAAAAGUGAGUGAGGCUGCUGGCAUGCCGGAGCACGCAAAGAAAGGAAUGAGAUUUCAGGAUUUAGAAGCGAGAUCACCUAACCUUGUGCUCCCAAUACAUGGACAGAAUCUGCUUGAGGAUCCAAAGGCUGAAAUAAGAAAUUUGGAGACUGUGAUUGAGUCCCAAAGGGAACGCAUUGAGGAACUAGAACAUGCUAGAGAGAUACUUGUGAGUCAGCUAAAAAGGAAAGAAAAGGAAAUUGAAGAAUCCAUCCUACGGCUGAAAGAGCAAGAAACAAUAAGCCAAAGGCUAAACAUUCGGGACAAUGUGGAAAUGAUCAAAGUCCGUAAACAGCUGGUUGAGAAAAGCAAUGCUCUUUCAGCAAUGGAAGGAAAAUUUCUCCAGCUUCAAGAGAACCAAAAGAACUUGAAGACCAGCCAUGAUGCUUUAAUAGCAAAAGGUGAUGAACUGAAUCUACAGCUUAAAGAGGAGCGGUUAAAGUGCCUCCAUCUUGAAAAAGAAUUGCAAUCAGUAACUAUUUCAAACCGAAGGACAGAGGAGUUACAGGAAAGAAUAAAUGAUCUAGAAACAGAGAAGGAACUCUUGAGGGAAAACUAUGAUAAACUGUAUAACAGUGUCUUCAGUAUGACCCGUGAACAGCAAUGGAAAUUAAAGGAACAGCAACUGAAACUGCAAAUUGCUAAACUAGAGACUGCUAUCGAAUCUGAUUUAGCAGACAAAAAUGAAAUCCUUGACAAGAUCAAAGUAGAAAGAGACGAAAAGGAAAAGCUCAUGCAAGAGAACAAAGACCUGCAGUUAUGCUACCUGGAACAUAAGCAACAACUAGAUGAACUGAAAAAUCACGUGAAGUUUUUGACCAAGGAAAGUGAUGUUGAUGUGGCAGAACUCAGUGAAGCCCUCUUGCUUAUAAAGGUUCGAAAGCAGCAGAAGAAUGGGGACCUUAUGUUUUUGGAAAAAGUAGAAGAUGAUAUCCAUAAAGAUUUAGAACACUCCAUGCGGGAGCUGCAAUUAACACAUGCAGAAACAGUGCACGAACUUGAAAAGACAAGGAAUAUGUUAAUUGUACAGCACAAAAUUAACAAAAAUUACCAGACUGAAGUAGAAGCAGUGACACAAAAGAUGGAAAGUCUACAGAAAGACUAUGAGUUAAAACUGGAACAGUAUGUCCAUCUUCUUGAUAUUAGAGCUGCACGUAUCAGAAAACUAGAAGCCCAACUGAAAGACAUUGUCUAUGGUACAAAACCACAUAAAUCCAGACCAGAAAUAUUGCCAGGUGAUCCAGUGGAUGAAUUUGAUGAAACUUUACAUUUAGAAAGAGGAGAGAACCUUUUUGAAAUCCAUAUCAGCAAAGUGAUCUUCUCUUCUGGAGCUAUGCACGCUUUUGGUGACCAUGAACCUGCAACGUUUUGUACUUACGCAUUCUAUGACUUUGAACUUCAGACAACCCCAGUAGUUUAUGGGCAUACCCCAUCAUAUGACUUCACUUCUCAGUAUCUUGUGCAGGCUGAUGACUGCUUCUUGCACUAUAUACAGCAAAACAGUAUCACACUUGAGGUUCAUCGUGCAUAUGGCACAGAUUAUGAAACAGUUGCUGCAUGUCAACUGAAGUUCCAUGAAAUCUUGGAAAACAAUGGGAAGAUCUACAGCACAGCAAAUUUAGUUGGAAUCAAAGGAAACAUUCAAAAUUAUGGUAUCGUAGAAUACUGGAUCAGCUUACGAGUUCCUAUGGAUCAAGCUAUUAGUCUCUACAAAGAGAGGUCAAAGGCCCUGGGGUAUACAACAUCCAAUUUUAGGGAAUGUGAACAACCGUCCCAGCAGCAGAUACUCAGAACUGCCCAAGUCAGCACUUCAACAGAUGGCAAUUUAAAUGAACUCCACAUUACAAUAAAAUGUUGUAACAAUCUACAAUCCCGAAAAAAACAUCUUCAGCCAAAUCCUUAUGUUGUCUACAAGUUCUUUGAUUUUGCAGACCAUGAUACUCCCGUCAUUCCUAGCAGCAACAACCCACAAAUAGAUGACCAUAUGUGUUUCCAAGUGCCAAUGAACGCAGAUUUAGACCGAUACCUAAAAUCACAAUCCUUAACCUUUUAUGUAUUUGAUGAUGGUGAAAUGGAAGAAGGUGCUUAUGUAGGGAAAGCCAGUGUGCCUCUUAUUUCUUUAGCACAUGACAGAUCUAUCUCAGGUACUUUUGAACUAACAGAUUCUGAAAGACGUGCUACUGGUACCAUCACAGCUGAAUUAAAAUGGAAGUUUGUCUACCAAGCACCAACUGGAUCAACAAUGGCUGCAGACUUAGUGAAUUACAUUCAAAAUGAGAAAUCAAUGGCAACUAAAUUACUAGCAGAGGAAAAAACGCAGACUCCAGCUCUGUCUCCUUCUUUUACUUCAUCAGUGACAAAACCAACACCCAAACCAAGGCAGCGUGCCACUCAAGCAGACAAGAAAGUGUCUUUUCUGAAUCUUAGUACUAUACAGAAGGCAGGCUCUGUUGUUGAAAAUAACAUGGAACUUGCACAGAAGAUGAAGGCUUCAAGAGUUCCAAGUGUGUCAGAGCCUGUGGUACAUGAAUUUAAACAAGAAAGGCUAGCAGAUGAUGAGGUAAAGCAGAUGGCUGAAGAAAUUCAACAGGAAAAAGAAGACCUCUCACAUCUGUCACAGGGGCAGUUGGCUGACCAAAGCUCAGUUACCUCUGGAGAUGAGACAGAAAUUACUGAAGAAUUGGAACCAGAAGAUCAAGAUGAUAGGCAAGAAAAUGAUGCCAUUGAAUCAAUAGUAACUGACAGCGAUGACUGUAUUGUUUCAGGUCCAGUAUUCAAGAAUAUUAAACAGGCAACUGAAAAAAUUCGGAUUGAAAUUAUAUCGCUCGGUCUUACUGAGUCACGAAUUGCAUCAGAUGAAACAAUACAGCAGCUGUUUGUAGAAUGCAGAUUAUACAAUCUCCUUGCAGAGGAAACCCCACUGUCACUUCCAAAACCAACAAGUGGUCAGAGGAUUCACUAUAACUAUAGCAAUGUGAUACAUGUGGAUGAGGCAAAUAAUCAUGCAAGAAGAGAGUAUCUCAAGUCUAUGCUUCUAAAGCCAGAUCUACAUACUGACAGCCUACGAUUUACAGUGGUCAGUGAUCCCCCAGAAGAUGAACAGGAUCUUGAAUGUGAAGAUAUCGGUUUCGCUUAUGUCAAUUUGAGAGAGAUAUUCCAGAAGCAAAGAGAUAUCAUAGAGCAAGAUAUUGAUGUUUUCGAUUCACAAGAUGAUAGUGCAGUAAUUGGAAAGCUCAAAGUAACAGUGGAAGCCCUCCAUGCACUGCGUUCAGUCUAUGAGGAAUGCAAAGAUGACUAGGAGGCAUGAAAGGGAAGUUUGCCUACAGAAGUUCCUUCUCCCAGUGUAAAUACAUGCUUGAUAGUACUUCAAAGAUGAGAUCUUUGUAAUUCUUAUAGUAUAUUUAAUGUAUAAUUUAUAUGAAAAGGACGCUUGAUUUGUAGUUGUAAAGUUUUGUAUACUUUUCAGUCUGUUUGUUUUUAUAUUCCCCCCCUAAGGCUAAGAAUCUCUCCACAAUGGACAACGUCUUGUAAAUAAUUAAUACCUACAUGAUUGAACGAUGUGCUUUAUUUGCAUUUUCAAGAUUUUUUCCUACAUAAAACAGUAAUAAAAAUGCAAGUCAAAUUUUUAUUUUUUAAUAAAAAAACCAUAAGCCUUAGAAAACUGAUUAAAAAUACUUUUAUGUUAUCCCUAAUCACCCCACUAAAUGGAAUGCCUGUGAUUAGCCUCAUUAAGAAUUUUAUACUGUGAAGAUUUUAUUAAAAGCAAUAUAUGAAAAUUACUUGGAUUAAUGUGUUAAUCUGCCUCUUUAAAAUGCUAAUAUCCAUUUUAUGCACAUUAAAUCUCAGUAUGUGUUUUCUUUGAUGCAUGCAGUUCCUAUCAAUUAAAUAUAAAAAAUGAGGCUAGUUGCAGGACUUAUUAAAUUACUGCAACCUUUUUUUUUAAAUAACUUUUAGCCUUCUACUAACGUUAUAAUCAGCUGUUUAUGAUUAUCAUGAUUUGAAGUAGGGGGAGGGCAGGCACAAUCAUUUUUCUGUACAGUAAAAGAUUCACUUUCUGCCAAAAUCUGUCAAAGCACAAAAAGAAGCCAUACAGUAUCAGAUUUUGCUUCACCUAGUUUGAGCUGUAGGGACAGGCCAACUGUGUUUUCAUUUGUUUUUUGUCACUUUUAGAAACUAAAUCAAACAUAUACAAUGAAUUGUUGUAUCUGAAUAACUAGUGUCUAGCUUGGAAAGUUAAUUUUCCAGCUUUUAACCAAUCUCAGUGAAGGAUUUAAUUGAUAAUUUUAAUGGAGCUGUGAAUCAAUGCUGCAAAAGGAUUGUCUCUUGAGAACGAGGUUAUAAUACAUUUCAUUUUUUAAUUUACUUUUUUAUUUGUCAUUUUCUUCAAAGGAUUUUAUAGGCUGUGGAUUUCCCCUGUUUGCAAACAGGCUAUGUUUCUUCAUAAGCAUAUGUAAAGUAUUCAGAGAGAUAAGUAAUUUAUUAAAAUCUACCUAAUUUGCCGUGAUAUAUUAAAUCUCUGCUUCAGUGAUCACAGACCAUUUCAUUUAGAGAAUUAGGCAUUCCCUCUUUGUGUGAUUAAAGCUCUGGAAAAUGAGUUCUUUGCUCCUAUUUGUGAACAUUCAAAGCCUGCUAAUGGCAAGAAGAUGGAAUAGAUUAUGAGACAAUUCAUUACAGUUCAACAGAAAAAAAAAAAACAGCUAUAAUGCAGAAAUGCAAGUAUGAAUAUCUGCAUAUAGUUUGAACCAUCUGUGCUCUAAUGGCUUCAAUAAUGGCUCUUCGUCUUCAGUAGGCUUUGAAAUGACAUCCAUACAAUAUUAAUUUGUUGAUGUACAUUGAGGCCAAUGGAAUGAAUAUAUUCUGACCACAGAAAUCUCUGAAUUACAACAUGAACGUAUGGUUGACUCCAUUUUAGGACCUACCAUCUUCAGUAGUACUUCUCAUCCAGACUUUGCCAAUCCUCACAGCAUUUCAUUCCUCUGGAACUUUUAGGAGACCACAGACAGCUGCAUUCUUAAACCCCUCCAUUCUUCAGUUAAUGGCCAUAUGUUUGUUGUCAUUUGGGCUGGCGCUAAUAGUUCAUCUUUUUGGCCACUAUUUCUAGCUUUUUUUGGCUCUGUGCAUCUAUAUUGUCAAUAAGACUGUUAUUAUACAUUACAGUAAUUUGAAACAGCUAGAUUCAACGCUGAGAUUAACUGAGUGGCUUUUUAGAAAUUUAGUUGUGGUAUUCUGUCAGGAGGUUCUUAUUAUUCUUCUAAUACUUUGCAAACCAAACUAAAUAUCCUGCACAUAAACAAUGAAGCAAAUUGUAUUGAGUUUUCAUGUGUGACUGUUUACUGACUUGCAGGAGAACUAUGUAACUGGUGCUUGUUUUCUUCUGAAAUAAACCAUGUGGUAAAAUUAGAAAA